UUCCCCUUUCCCUUGAUCCCUAACCCUAAAAAAAUCGCGGAUGGAGGAGGGCGUGGCCGAUGCUGCUACUGGUGGCGGGAUGGACGGCGCGGUGGAGGGCGUGGCCGACGCUGCGCCGGUCUCGGCCUCGGGUGGCCAUGGCGGGGAGGCGACGGGCGGCCAUGGCGGGAAGGCGGAGGGAGUUCCAGGCGCGCCACUGGAGGGCGUCCAUGGCGAGGAGGCGGAAGGAGGUCCAGGUGCGGCGCCGGAGGGCGGCCAUGGCGGCGAGGCAGAGGGAGGUCCAGGUGCGACGGCCUUGGAUGCAAGUACUCCGGCAUGGCUACAAGGGUUCAGGGCUUAUUGUUCAAGAAGGGAUGAAGAUAAGUGUCCAUGGAGGAUAUAUGCUUCUACAAUGGAAGAUGGGUGCACCGUAAUGGUGAGAAAGAACUCUUGUGGUCAUGAUUGCUCAAGUACAAAAAGGAAAAAGAAGAUAAAGAAUGCAACUAAGCGGUGGAUAUGUGAGCACGUGAAGGAUUGGCUAAUUGAGGAUGCAACUCUAGGACCAAAGGCAUUGCGAAAGAAGCUUAAAGGGCACCAUGGAAUCAACAUCAAGUACAAGAGAGUAUACAUGGAGGACCACCAAAGAAGAGGACAAAGACCACCAAAUCAGCUCAAUCGUCAAUUGUGCCUUGCGAGGAUGAUGCUCCAUCAGCCAUGCGUUUUCUGCCAAGCCAAAUCUUGGAGAAAACAACCAAAGAAAAAGGGAAAGGUGGUAAAUCUGGAUCCGGAGGAGAAAAAAGAUCAAGAACACAACCCAUUUGUGGCGAACAUGAUGUCGCCAAAAAGAAAACACAUGUUGCUGUGAAGGUACAUGCCAAAAGAAAAGGCAAAGAGGUUGCUGAAAUUACUCUGCACCUUCCUAUGGUGCCACUUGACAGCCCUGCAAUGGGUACACGCAGCAAGAAAUUCAACCCUGCUAGCCCUGCAAUGAGCACACGCAGCAAAAGGAGACUUAGUUUGUGAUUCUCAUGUCAUUACUUUCCGUAUCAUGUUUCAUUUUGAAAACUGAGCUGUUUAUGUGAUGUAUGUGUGGACCUUGGCUCUUUACGUGCUAUAUGCGACCUGUUGUGAACCCUCUUUACGUGCUAUAUGCGACCUGUUGUGAACCUCGGCUAUUAUGUCAUCUUUAUGUGAACCUGGACUAUUGUAUGUCACUUUUAUGUGAA